UGCUCCUCAUGUCCUUUUUAAAUCCUUCCCCUCUCACCUCCUGGUUUUGAAUUCCCCCACCCUGUGGGAAACUCCCAUGUCACUCACCUUACCUAUGCCCUUCAUGAUUUUAUAUUCCUCAGUAAGGUUGCCCCUCAACUUCCUACGCUCCAGUAAAAAAAAAGUCCCAGCCAAAAUAAAAUGAUCAGACAACAGGUUGACUCCAUGCGACUGAUUGAUUUAACUUUUGCAUUUUUCUUUGUUAAAACACAGGAAAUUACUGCACAAGAAUCUGGUGAAAUUAUUGGGAGUUGUAGUAGACAAUGGAUUGUAUAUCGUCACUGAAUACAUGAGCAAGGGUAAUCUCGUCAACUAUUUGAGAUCAAGAGGGAGGUCAGUCAUCACAUUGAAGCAUCUGAUCCAGUUUGGGCUUGAUGUCUGUGAAGGAAUGGAAUACCUGGAAUCGAAGAAGCUUGUUCACCGAGACUUAGCAGCCCGGAACAUUCUGAUCUCAGAUGAAAAUGUUGCCAAAGUGAGUGACUUUGGUCUGGCGAAGGGAGUGUCCUGUGCUCAAGACCAGGCGAAGCUGCCGGUGAAAUGGACAGCCCCUGAGGCUCUGAAACAGCAUGUAAGAGCUGAGCAAAUUCUCCACCAAAUCGGAUGUCUGGAGUUACGGAAUUCUUCUGUGGGAGCUGUUUUCUUACGGCCGAGCUCCCUACCCUAA